AGCUCCCUCUACUAUGGGAGAGUAGGAGCUGCCUCCUGGCUGCACCUCUCCGCCCUCUGCAGCCUCCCUCCUAUUCUAUCUUCCCUCUCCUUGUAGUACAUCAGGAAGUAGCUGCAGCUGGCGGAUCGGCGCCACUUACCUCUCUCCUAGUUUCAUUUUAGCAUAAGAUUUUAAUUUUUUUUGUAGAUUUUUUUUUUUAUUGUCAUUCAUUGGACUGUGUGGACUGCUGCUGAGUGGAAUGGAGGUUAUGCUGUCCUAAUUGGAAACUUCAGCUGAAACGUGUGCUUGGUAUAUGGUCUUCUACUAUAACAUCUCAGCUAUCUGCAUCUGGAGGCGCCCUGGUGUGACUGCCCUGACCAGGAAAGAGCGUUCUGAUUCCAGAUGUGCAUGUACGCAGCGCAGCACUUACCGCCUGGAAGUAUCAUCUUAGCACUAGUAGUGCUGCCCGCGCUGUGAUCCCCGGCGUUAUUGCACAGGACGCUGCACAUUGCCUGGUUGCUGGCUGUCUGGCUGGGCCAGCAGAUGUGGGCAGCGCAGCAUCCCUAACGUCAGGCUGAUCGCUGCUGAUAAAUGACAGCAGAUUGUCCUGCGCUUCCUGCUGCCGGCCUGAUGCUUAUUGUCUCCGGCCUCAGCCACUUGCUGGUCAGACCAUUGGCUGAGCAGCUGCAGGACAGCACUGCAUGGGAUCUCCCAUCAACACACCUUUCAGUUUUGUGGAUUAUAUUGCGCCUCAUGUAGCGCAGCCUAUCUCCUAUCACCUAUCUCCAUCUGCUCUCACAAAUACAUAUAUAUAUAUAUAUAUAUAUAUAUAUGCCGGAGUGACUGCUGCUCACCGGGGCCGGGAUUUCUCUCUCAUCUUUUGUUUAGAUUAUAUCCGCCCUUAUAUCCCGACAUCCCUGCAUCUGGUUACCCCAGAACAUACAGAUAUUUUCCUGUUCCUGCUGACAAUUUUCAGAUAUGACCAACUGAGGCCAAAGGACAGGGUGGGGAGAAGGCUGGGGUCCUUCUGAAUGCCUUUACAGGGCUUUUGGUGGUGGGUUUGCUGCAGGCAUGGGUUCACCCUCCUGGGCAGGGACGUUGGGGAGAAGGAGGAAGAAGAGGAAUCCUUUGAGAUGAAGAGUUCUGAUGUACCCAUGAACAGCAGAAAGGGGUCUGCAGAUGUUGGUGUGACCCAGCCAGUCCGUUCAGCCAAUGGUCUGGAAAGCCAGUUACAUUCCUCUGAGGAAAAACAUAGCCUGAUAACACCAAGCAACAAGGUCACAUGCAAGGACGACCAGGAUGUCAUUGUGAAAGGCUGGUUGCAGCGUGAGGUAAGUGGAGAAGCAAGGCGUCCCUGGUCCAGGAUGAAGAAAUACUGGUUUGUCCUAACUCCAGAUUCCCUGGAUUGUUACAGUAGCAAUGAGAAACCCAGCAAACGUGUGGGGAGCCUGGUGCUCACCAGCUUGUGUUCUGUGAUGUGGCCAUCUAAACAAAGUUACAAAGAGACAGGGUACUGGAAUGUAACAGUGUAUGGGAGGAAACACUGUUACCGCUUGUAUACAGAACAUCUCAAUGAGGCUGUGCAUUGGGUGUGUGCCAUCCAGAAAGUGAUCGACAGCAAAGCCCCACUGGAGACUCCCACGCAACUGCUCAUUAAAGAUAUUGAAGAGAAUCAUCUAAACCAAGAUAUUGUGGAUGAAAUCUACAAACUGAACCCUGUUCUACGACACACAAAAAACCCUCUCUAUGCUCCUCUUCUGCCAUUCUCCUAUGGAUCGGACGAUCAUUCUCCACAUAUGAAGGGUUAUACUGCCCUGCGGGAUGAGGCAGUGAAAAUUUUCAACUCACUUCAGCAAAUGGAGAGUGAGAGAGACCCUGUGCCAUUGAUGCAGGGGGUUCUCCAGACAUGCUUAGACCUGCGGCCUCUUCGUGAUGAAGUUUACUGCCAAGUCAUCAAGCAGACGACCGACCCACCGGAGCCAGGAAGUUUAUCUGAUCUCAGAUACUGGCAGUUACUUACCUGCAUGAGUUGCACUUAUCUACCCAGCCCUACUGUCCUUCGCUUCUUCCGGUUUCACUUGCAAAGAAUGCGAACCUCUUAUCCCAACACAGAAGUGGAGAAGUAUGCCGACUUCAUCCCUGCUUCUUUGGAUAAGACAAAACAGCGCGAGUAUGUGCCAUCCUACGAGGAGAUCUCCGUUCUCAUCCAGAGGCAAGAACUGAUGUGCACAGUAUACUACCCAGGAGCAGGCGUCUGCAAAGUUCCAAUCACAUCCCAUACCACAGCUGAAGAGCUGGUCCAAGACCUGAUCAAGAAACUUAACCUGAGUUGCAGUCGGAAUAUAUUUGCCCUGUAUGAGCAGAACAACCAUUACGAACAAGCAUUGGGCAAAGCCACUAUAGUUGCUGACACCCUCACCAGGUUUGAAAACCUUACCUGUAAAGAUAAAGGGUUUGAAACAAGAUGGAGGUUAUAUUUCAAACUUUACUGUUUUCUGGACACGGAGGACGUAAAUAAAGACAGUGUGGAAUAUUCCUUCCUCUUUGAGCAGGCACAUGAAGCAGUCAUCCAGGGGUACUUACCAACAAACGAAGAAACUUUACAGUCAUUGGCUGCACUUCGUCUCCAGUUCCUCAAUGGUGACUUUUCCCCAAGUUCACCAUUUCCACGGCUAGAGGAGCUGUUCCCCAUCUACAUCCUUCACUCCCGGGUUUUGGCAUCCAGUAAGCCAACUAUUACAUCAAGGACUUCCUGUCAAAGUCUCCACAAAGGACUUUUCUCAGGGGCUCUACCAAAUGGAUUAUGGAACAAUUCCCUAGUCAAACAGAAGGCAGAAGAAAGCCAGAAGUUCAAAGGUCGAGUAAAGGAGGAAGGAGCCAAUAUGAUGUCUGCCAUUGUAGACAAAUGGAAGGCCUUACAUGGCAUGGAUAGGACUGAAGUCAUGGCCUCAUAUCUUGCCAUAGUGAAACAGUGGUCAGGCUAUGGAUCCACAUUGUUUGAUAUUGACUUUUAUAUGAGUUCUGUUGGGAGUUUCUCGCAGCGGCUGUGGUUGGGUGUGAAUGCCUCCUCUCUCAGUCUCUACAAGCAGGGAGAAGUGGAUCCAUUUGAAAACAUUCAGUACAGUCAAAUAACCUCAUUCGGUGUCUUGGACAGUACCACUUUUAAAGUGUCGGUUGGGGAGAAAGAAAUGAUCUUUGAAACAUCGAAGGUUGAUGAGAUCACUCAGCUAAUUAACACGUACCUCACCUGCAUCAGCAAUGGGCCUCACAUGCCAUGUGAAAGCACGAACAAUUCUUCUGAAGAUACAAGUCAACUAGUGUGACUUGAUCUACCUGUCACUGGUGGGCUAUGGAAAUUGAACUAUACACACAGCCCUGCUUAUGGCUAGUGGGCACAGUUCUUCUAAUGCCCCAAGACUGCUUACAGCCUGCUCUGAGCAAGUCCAAGCUUUAUCCCUUGGAACAGGAAAGACUAUCUGUUUGUAUGGAAAAAAACAUGAAUUCUAGACUUCUUUAAACCAAAAAUGGUUUCCUUUUUAGCUUCCCUCAGGUUCUGCCAUGUUGUAUUCUUUACACAAUUUUACAAGUGUUUGCAUACUCAUAAAGCCACACAACAUAUAUUACCACGAUCAACCAGGAUUUCAUCAUCUUCAUAUUUAUUAGCAGGAAAGUUUGACAUUUCAAGGGAGGUAAACCAACAAUUUACAUUUUGUUUUUGUUUUAUAAAUACUUAUUUUUUUCCAGUUUUGAGUUAAAAAAAAUAAAUAUAUGUUUGGAUGUGAUUUCAAAGAACGUGCUUUAUAUAAGGGAAUAACUAAUUAUGUGUUUCAAAAGCACUUUAGUUAUCUAUGUUAUGUUUAUGUUUUUAUUGUACAUGUCUCUUGGUACAACAUUGUAAAGAAAAUGUUCAAAGCAAGAAUAAUGUUCUGGUGUCAUCCAAUUUACCUGUUUGUCCUUGGGUAAACUCAUCUGGUAUGGCUGUAGGUUUAACUAGACAUGCAGACCAGUCAUCUCACAUGGCUGCAUCUGUUGGCAUCAGUUGUGGGUGAAAACUGCUGUCAUACCAUCAUACUCAUUGCAUACCUCCCAACAUGACCCUCUCCAGGAGGGACACAAUGCUCUGCUUCUGGACUUGUCUCUUAAUUUAUGAUUGCCGGCACCUGUGUUGAACAGGUUAAUGGAUAAGAAAGCUGUUUCAGCACAGGUGAUGGCAAUCAUAGAUUAAGAGGGAAGUCCAGGAGCAGAGCAUUCUGUCCUUCCUGGAGAGGGCCAUGUUGGGAGGUAUGGUCAUUGGUUUGAUGGCUUCAACUCCCGCCACGUCAGGGAAUGGAGGGGAAUUCCAUUUGACCAUGCAACUAGAUGCCUACAAUUCACUUUAGGUUUUCUAAUACUUUUUUGGCUAUUCUACUGCCCCUUCAAAUUGAAGAGGGUGGAUACUGAUCUAUAAGGGGACACUAAAGCUAAACUCACUGUAGGCAGACAUUUUGUGGACUGAAUCUAUAUUCAUGCAGAAUAUACCCUAUCAUUUCAUUAGGAGCAAGUGAGAGAUCCUUGGCCACAAACAUCAUAGUGAUUUGAUAGACUAUUUUCUAAUGAAUAUAAUGUCCGUACACAAAAUCGCUGUCUACACUGUAUGUCGUUGACAGGUUUAUUCACUAUGAUAAAGCAUAUAACAUUUGUGCUAGGUACACACAGUAUUGGAAAACACUGCUCACUAGAGCAUAGGUAAUAUAAUUUUGCUUUUGCAGAACUUGGAUAUACAUUUAGAACUGUGUACUAUGUAAUUACAUACUGUUCCAUUACAUUUUACUGAGCAGUAAUGAUUGGAAACACCUCAAGAAUAAUCAAAACUGAUGCAACACAAAGUUCAUGAUUGUAAGAAUGCAUGUGUGUACAGUUCAAGUCAUUAACGUUAUUUUUGGAGCCCCACUGUCAGAAAGCGUCUAGAAUUUCUUAAAUGGGGCUAAAUGUAAUAGCCUGUGCGCUGCCGGAGGUUGGGACUUUGGGAAUUACUAAAAGUUGUUAGCAAACCAAAAAAAUUAGCAACUGGGCAAAACCAGGUUGCACUGCAGGUGGGGCAGAUGUAACAUGUGCAGAGAGAGUUAGAUUUGGGUGGGUAUAUUGGGGGCCAUUCUGAGUUGAUCGCUAGCUGAAUUUGUUCGCAGCGCAGCGAUCAGGCUAAAAUUCGGCAGUUCUGCACAUGAAUAUGCAGCGCAAUGUACAGGCACAACGAACGAUGUCGUUUUGCACAGGGUCUAGCGAUGCAUUUCAGUCGCACUGCUUGCCGCAGAGUGAUUGACAUGAAGUGGGCGUUUCUGGGUGGCAACUGAACGUUUUCAGGGAGUGUGCAGAAAACCGCAGGCGUGCCAAGAAAAACGCAGGCGUGGCUGGGCGGGUUUGUGACGUCAAAUCCGGAGCUGAAUAGUCUGAAGUGAUCGCAAGCGCUGAGUAGGUUCUGAGCUACUCUGAAACUACACAAAAAAAAUUUGUAGCCGCUCUGCGAUAGAACCGUUCGCACUUCUGCUAAGCUAAAAUACACUCUCAGUGGGCGGCGGCAUAGCGUUUGCACGGCUGCUAAAACUAGCUAGUGAGUGAUCAACUCGGAAUGACCCCCAUUGUUUCUGUGCAGGGUAAAUACUGGCUACUUUAUUUUUACACUACAAUUUAGAUUUCAGUUUGAACACACCCCACCCAAAUCUAACUCUCUCUGCACAUGUUACAUCUGACCCCUCCCCCUGCAGUGCAACAUGGUUUUGCCCAAUCGCUUACUUUUUUGAUUUGCCAACAACUCUGAAUAACCCCCUUUGUGCAAAUCUGCCCGUAUGUUUAAAGCGGCAAUAAAUUGCAAGGCAAAACCAACCUGGUUAUGCCUUGUAAAUGAUUGCCAGUUUAAACCUACGUGCAGACUCGCACAAAGUCUCGCACCUCCUUCAGCUCACAGGCUAUUACUGUACAUUUAGCCCCUGAGGUUAAUAUGCAUGUGUGCAAGCUCUUACCAAUAUACAAAGUGAGUAUGUUUUAUAAUCGCCUUGCCCUCAGUAGUAUUAAAAUAGGCCUUUGUGUUUCAGGUAUGUUGGUGAAAAUGAUUUACAUCAACAUAUACAUUUUAUAUUGGCUUUUAAUUUCAUGGGAAUCUAAGUAUGUUUGUUUAAAACACAGAAUAUAUACCAUUGGUGACCAUUGCCCUGGUCUGCCCAUCUAUUAGAAUAGGAUACAAAAGAGGCUGCAGUAACCCAAUUAAUCAGUAAUUUGCUUGAUUAAUUUAGAAUAAAUAAGUCAAGGAAAGUUAAUACCUGGUUGCUGCUGGCUAGCUGCACGUAUACACUCGGUAAAUAAUUUCCAGGAUCUGUAGCCAACAUUUAGAGAACGACCUUUAAAUGGUUUAAAAAAAGAAUAUAUGCAUAUAAUUAAUCUCCAUUAAUUUAUUGUACUUGCCAAGUCAUUUUGUAUUAUUAAUAGUAUUAUAAACAUAAAGAAAGGAAAAUCCUUUAAAAAGUGCCAAACCAAUAAGUACCAGUAAUAUUAGUACAUACUUGGUUGUGUUGGGGAUAAAUCACCAGUAAGCAAUAGGUUUUUGUGUGAAAAUAGGCCCACAAUAUACAGCAUCCGCUGGAAACAGAAAAACAAUUCUCGUUAAAGGCUGCCAAUGCCAUCUGAGGUCCGACACUACACAAUCUCUGCCGCAUUAUUAGGUAUUUUUCGCCACCAUACACACUUUUCACACCUGUUUUCAUGCUAUUUACAUGCUAUCUGGAUGAUAGACCUACCUUGUCUAGGUAGACAGUCAAUAGGUUGACACCAUAUGGUCGACAUGCAUUAGGUCGACAGGUGCAAAUGGUAGACAAAUGAAAGGUCAACAGUGCUUAAGGUUGACACACAAAUGUUCGACACAUGUUUAGCCAACAUCUGCUUGAUUUACAAUCCAUGUUGGACUACAAUUAGGAACAGCAACCUGUCCGAAGUAUGGCGGGCACGUAACAAGAAACAUGCAGGAUUUGGCCCAAAAAACAUGUGUCAACCUCUACACUUAGUCGACCAUAUGUUGUCGACCUAUUAACGGUCUGCCUAGACAUUGUAAAUCUAUACCACACCCAUUUACAUUUCAAACAUACAAGUGCCUGGGUAAUCCAAAUGUGCUCUGCAUGAAACACACGUCUGUAAUGUAAUUUGCUACACGUGGGUUAGAUUGUUUUGAGAAUCCUGCUGUCCUGAUGACCUUCCAUUUUAAAUUUACCAUUUUUACUUAAAAGUACACCCAUCACAUAAAUCUUUGAGGUAAUAUUCACUAGGCUAAACAUUAUUAUUCAUUACCAGUUAUUUAUAUAGAGCACACAUAAUUUGCAGCGCUUUACAGAGAAUAUUUGCCCAUUCACCUCAGUCCCUGCCCCAGUGGAGCUUCAGUCUGUAUUCCCUACCACAUGUACACACAGACACAUUCACGUUAGGGUUCAUUUAAAAAAAAUAAACAAAUUUUGAGCCAAUUAACCUACCAGUAUAUUUUUGGAGUGUGGGAGGAAACCGGAGUACCUGGAAGAAACUUACGCAAGUACGGGGAGAAUAUACAAACUCCACACAGUUAGGGUCAUGGUGGGAAUCGAACUCAUGGCCUCUGUGCUAUGAGGCAGUAAUGCUAGCCAUUAAUAUGAGCAUGCAGUUUAUCAGUACAUUUUGAACCAAUGACACAGUAUACUCUUCUGUAAUUAAAAUUAGCAAAGUGAAAAUAUUGCAGAUUUGUUACAAAUAAAAUUCAAAACUGGUUCCUAUGAUUAUAACAAAUCUGGACUAUUUUCUACUUUGCUAAUUGUAAUUACAGUAAUGCACUUGAGGUGCUGUUAGCCACAUUUAACUAAAUACAAGUUACAAGAUGGGUAUGCUACUGUAAUUCUGCAUUUGAACUUUUGGUUUUAUAUCAGAAAUAAUGCUAUUAUUAUCAAAUGAGAUUUACACAGAAUCUGUAUUGUACCAACCACGCGGCUCCUAACUGUCAAAUGUAAGGCAGAAGCUGAUUGGCUGGUACUCACAAUUUUAGCUUUCUCCGAGCUUUGAUAAAUACCCCCCUUUGCUUUGACCUUUUUUAUGCUAUGAUUUAUCAUUCCAAUCAACUAAUGUGUAAAAUAUUAGUGCAUCUCCUUUUAUUUUACAUCAUCAGUCACCAGAGCAUCAUGGGAGAUGCAUCUUAGUUGGCGUGAUAAAGGUUACCCAUUCCUUCCUAAAAAUAUGCAAAACAUUAAAUAACACCACUUGAAGAAUAAUGUUUGCUAGACAGAAUUAAGAACUAUAGUAAUAAUGCUAGUGUAGUUACUUUACUGCUGGCUUUGAGCAGAAUUACUGUACAAUGUAAAAUAGAAAAGUAAUUCUGAAAAACCCCGUUUUAAACUUUACUAGAGUGCAGACACAGUAUUAUUGAUUCGAAGUGGAAUUUUAGGAAUUGACAAUAUUCCCAGUGCUUACACAAUGCAAACUGAGCAUAGCUUGUGCCUUGGGGUUGGCUAUGCAUGACCCCGCUGGUCACCAUACCCAUGACGGUAUCCCGGCCGCGGAAUGCCAGCGGGGGUGGGACGAGCGGAACAAGCCCCUUGUGGGCUUGCUGCAUUCGCCACGUUGCGGGCUCGGAGGCGAGCUGCGGUCGCCACAGGUUAUAUUCCCACUCUAUGGGUGUCGUGGAUACCCACGAGUGGGAAUACUCCCAGUUGGUCUGCAUGUCGACUGUUGGGAUUCCGAGCGGGCAGGAUCCAGGGGUCAGUAUUGUGACUGGCGGUCUCCUUACCUCCGGUCACGUAACUGUAUCCGGUUCCUUGAUAUGGAAAUGCUGCUGUGCUGUGGAUAUUGUUGGGUGUACAUCUAGACUGUACGAAAAAUGAAAAUUUAAAGGUCUUCUAAUCUUACUUCAGAAUGUAUAAGAACGCAGGUCAUGUAAUAGAAAAUAGAUAGGCUAUCUAUACAUCUCCCUAUUAUUAGGACUGUAGCUCCUUGUUUGAUUAGAUCAUUGUACAACUGGUUCUGUACGGACAAACCUUUGUGCUUAAUAAAUACUGUAUGUAUGUAAUCUAUAUUUGUAAGCAGAAAAGGCUGUUAGGGAAACGUAUUUUGUAAUAUAACUUCCUGCUGCUUGACCGAUAAAUAGGCACUCAACAGACAUUUGAAUUUUUAGGGACAACAGGUAAACCUUUGUGAGAGAGAAUCAGGUCUUCCAGUAUUUGCAUAUACAGUAGUACGGAGUAGUUUAGCACUGUGCCGACAGGACAAAGGCCUAUCUAUUAGUGUUACUAUAAGAAACAUCACAAAAAACCCACUUCUCACCAAGCACGUUUACUUAUCUUCAGGGUCAAAGCCAACCUGCAAAAUUAUGACCUUUUUUUUUUUUUUAUUCCCUCACACAUGACUUAUACUGGCCAUGGAUGUACAGAAAUGUAGAUUACUUUCACAUCAUUAUGUCAUAUAAAAUGCUAAACAGAAUUGAUUCAUCAGCUUGGUAAUGUGGGUUAACAAUGAACUCCCAUUAGUGAGGGUGUAAGGUAAUUUGCCAUCCCUGAAGUAAAAGGGGACUGAGAGAGAUGCACACUGCAAUCUAGUAACACAGUGUUGUACCCAGAUAGCUGAAAAUGUAUCAUUUGGUCAUGCAUGUGUGUGGUCACAUUUUGCUAACAUAUGAGGGUAUAUGGACAGCUUUAAGCUGGAUACACACUUGUAGGCCCAUUUUUUUCAAUAUGGGGUGAAUGACUGAUGAUUGCAUAGGCGUGGACGCAGUACUGAUGCAGAAGCGUUAGCUGAUAAAUGGCUAAGAACGACCUCAUGACGGUUGGGGUCAUGAGGUCGCAUCUUGUGCUGUACAGCCAACCUCCUGAACCCCAUAUUGGAGCCGCUCACCUCAGCGAGGAAUACAGCACUAUUUAUCAUAUGCAACAAGUUUUAUCAUAUCCUGUAACAUGGCAGUUAGGAGCUGAUUGGCUGGUACUUUGGGGUACAUUUACCAAGCAGUGAUAAGAGCGGAGAAGUGAGCCAGUAGAGAAGUUGCCCAUGGCAACCAAUCAGCACCGAAGUAACAUCUAUAAUUUGCAUACUAUAAAAUGAUACAGAGCUGCUAAUUGGUUGAUGGGGAAAUAUCUCCACUGGCUCACUUCUCCGCUCUUAUCACUGCUUAGUAAAUGUACCCCUUUAUCUUUCUCCACUUUACCACUCCCCAGGACUCAGCAAAGGUUUUUAAAGAAGCCCUUGAACACUCAGGGGCAGCUGUACUGAGUAAGACCGGGUAUUAUAUUUUUCUCUUCAGCCACACAAACUAAGAUUUAUUAGGAUAGCCUUAUGUUUUCUUAUAUUCUGAGGUAAACAGAAAAAAAAAAUUUUGUGCCAAUUUUUUUUUUUUGUAUAUUAAGGAACAUGUGAACAACUUGCACACAGUAUUAUAAUAAAGAAGCAAAAAUAAACGUACAGCUCAUCCCUGCCCCCUUUAAACUCUUAGAAAAGUGUAGUCUGGAAAUAAGCCAAUGUCCAGAUGUGUGUAAAGUUCAAAUUCCUGUUGGCAGCAGUGUCAAUGAGGCAUGCACUCUCCUUCACCUGAUGCCUGUACUGACUCAACGCAGAGGCCCUUUUAUUAUAGCAGUGUUCCUCUUUUUAAACUAAUCCUGCUCUAAAGACUCUAUAGACUUAGCAAGUUCACACUGUGUACACAUUUGUAAUGCGAUUCAAACCAUACUUUUUGUAUUCAUGUAAGGAAAUGGGUUUAUUAUUUAGUACAGUCCUCACUGUUUAUGACGCAGCUUUUAUUGAAAGUGCACCCAAUGCUUACCCAGAGGUAGCCAUAUUCAGAGAACGCAGCCUAUUUGUUCAGUAGGGACCAGUGACAUUCCUCAGGUAUAAAGUGCCUGGUUCCUAGGCUGUCUCCACUGUAUACCAUCAAUGGGCACGAUUCAAUUCGAUGACAGUUGAAUAGCCCCAGGAACUAGCUCCUGGGGCUAUUCAAUACAGCGCCCUGUGACACCCAACGACGGGAUUUCUUCUCGCAGAAAUCUGACAAAAGUACAGGCGCAAUGCUGAAUUUUGCCCUUAGCAUGGUGGAAACAGCGUCACGCCGGACACUGUAGUCGGAGAAUGCCGGCUGUCCCGUCAACACACCUUGUUUAGUCCAGGAGAACGGGCAUUCUCCGACUUAACACGGAGCUGUAUUGAAUAGCCCCGGGAACUAAUUCCCAGCACUAUUCAACGGUCAUCAAAUUGAAUCGUGCCCAAUGUUUCCAUUUUAUGCAAAACAGAGUACAUUUAAGGGCUGGGGCUAGUUUGCAUAAAUAGUACAUUGUUUUCUAGCUGUAUAUUUCUGUUAUUACAGUGUGUGUUAUUCCUUAUUUUUAUUCUUUUUUUUUUUUUAAAGUUUAUAAAGCUGCAGGCAGCACCCCCUCCCUAUAGAGUGGUUAGUUAACAUUUAUCAUACAGCUGGGAAGCAGGAAGAGCCAGGAUGGGCUUAAUGUGCGAGACCACACAGGCUCCCUGCCGGUUAGGUCCCCCGGUAUGAUCAGGCCACUUGCGGUUUCCUCAAGCUGGCAAAUGCUGUUUCCUGAAUUUAAACAUUACUUUGUAACACUGACUAGCACCUGUUGAAGAACGUAUAGGAAAAUAUAUUCCAUGUUUAUUAAAUAGCUGUUCACGUCUGGAAAAUAAAAUAAAAGGCAAGAGGGCUUUAUAGUCACAGUCCUGAUUUUGUUUCCUUCACAAGCUUUCAUUUUGAAAGCAAUUUUUUAAGCAGUUAAUAGUCACUACUGACUACUUACCAGUCACAUGAAUAUACUAUGAUGUAGGAAACACAAACCCCAUCAUCAUAUAGAAUACACAAUACUACAGAAACCUAUACUGAGUUUUAAUGUAGAGGACAAUCUGUGACGUUUAAUAUGUAAUAAGGUAGACACCACCUAUUAUUGGAUCUAUGUAGAAUCAGCAGACUUGGAUCACUUGGUGUCAGAACAGUUGCUGUCUUGUUGUAUACACAGUCUGUAAUAUGCUGAAGUAUGUGUGCUAAAUCCCUUUGUCUACAUUUUCCCCAUUGCACUGUUUUACAAUGCCUGGCCGGACAUGCAAUUACCAAUUUUACUUUGAGAGAUUUGCUAUUUUCAAGAAGUGUUGUUUAAACUUUUUUUUUUUUAAUAAAAACAAAUAUAAAAUUGAAA